AUGACCAACUCUAAAGGUCUCAGACGCGGAACGCGUUAUAUGUUCGCUCGCGACUUCCGCAAGCACGGAGUUGAACAUCUUUCCACCUACUACACCCAGUACAAGCGUGGAGAUCUUGUCGAUAUCGUCACAAAUGGAGCCUUCCAGAAGGGUAUGCCAUUCAAGGCUUAUCACGGAAGAACCGGAAGGAUUUUCAAUGUCACCAAGAGUGCUGUUGGUAUCAUUGUGAACAAAAGAGUCAGGGGAAAUAUUCUUCCAAAAAGAAUUAACAUCCGCGUUGAGCACAUCAAGCCAUCCAAGUGCCGACUCGAUUUCUUGGCCCGCGUCAAGUCGAAUGAUGAGAAAAGAAAGGCCGCCAAAGCUGCGAAACAACCAGUUCCAGCUUUGAAGAGACUUCCAGUCGAACCACGUGCUGCUCACACCGUCACUACCAAGGACAACGCCCCAGAACUUCUCGCACCCCUUCGUUUCGAAAUCUUGGCAUGA